GCCGCGUCCUUCUAUUCGCUCGGCGCAGGCGGUGGCUGGGCGGUGACGUCAGGCCCAGAUGUUGUCCCGGGCCCGCCCGCGCAGGGCCCGGCGGCUCCGCGGCGCGGCAGCGGGCAGAGCGCGUCCUGCUGUCACACAGCGCGCGAUGGCAGCUCUGCGCGCUCCGCCGCCGUGUCCUGCCGCGCGCUCUGGAGGACAGCACUAACUCAUGCGCCAAGCAACAAGCUGCCAGCGCCGGGAUCGACCUGCGCUUCUCCUUCUCUUCCAUUGGACUUCCAACGCUGCUGUUUCUUCAUUUAGGGACAAGCCGAGUGUGAUCGUCACGAACAAAGUGUGUUUCUGGUGGCUGCUAAAUCAGCCUUCUACCAAGAGAUCCUGAGAAAUAAGAGAAGGAAAGGUCUGCUUGCAUAGUCUUUUUAAAAAGGGAAAGAGCAGCGUUGUGGUUGGUGGUUUUUUGUUGUUUUAAUUUUUCCUCUUCUGUUUGGAUUUCUUUUUAAACUUACAAAAAAUGGCAACAGCAGCAUAUGUGGAUCAUUUUGCAGCAGAGUGCCUUGUUUCUAUGUCCAGUCGUGCCGUUAUCCAUAGUCCCAAAGGGGAGCCUGAUCCCCAACCUGAUGCAGCAAUACCUCCUUCAUCAAAUGGAGAAGAUAAGCGGGAAAUCAGAGAGACCGGGAAAGACAAUGGAUCAACGUUACUGGUGGUAGCUAGCAUUUUAGCAGAUCUGAACCAGCAUGUCCCAAACUCACCCGCUCUAGGGAUGGAAGAACCUGAGACCUUUGAUGUCACAGAACAAAUACACAUUUCUAUGGUUCCUACGGAGUUUGGGGAAGAAAGUGUGUCUUCGGCUGGUAAACGUGGAGGAGGAAGAGCGGCCACACCUACUAGCCUGGCUGCAGUAACUGAGCCAAGCCCCAGACAAAAGAACAAACGCACGAGAAGCUGGACUGACCCUGGAUCACCCCAGAAAAAGCACAAAUGCCACUAUGUGGGGUGUGAAAAAGUUUAUGGCAAAUCUUCCCAUCUUAAAGCUCAUCUAAGGACCCACACAGGUGAACGGCCUUUUGAAUGCAACUGGCAAGGGUGUAACAAGAAGUUUGCUCGUUCCGAUGAGCUGGCUCGCCACUACCGCACCCACACUGGAGAGAAGAAGUUCAGCUGUCCGCUCUGUGAGAAGCGCUUCAUGCGCAGUGACCACCUCACAAAGCACGCCCGCCGCCAUGCCAACUUCCACCCAAGCAUGCUCAAGAGGCGAAGUGGAAGCAGCUCAAGAACAGGGUCUGUCAGUGACUACAGCCGCUCCGAUGCCUCAAGUCCAACAAUUAGCCCUGCCAGCUCCCCAUAGACCUACCUGCACUGGAUGUCAGCACUUUGCCUCUAACACCUUAUGUGGAGUUUUGUUUGUGUUGCACACAUUUAAAAAACUCUGUUGCUUCCCUUCCUCAGCUCCCGACCUGCCUUUGGUUUUAAUAGCUGCCUCCCACUGCAAUUUCCAGUCAAAUUUUCUUUAUCCAACCACACAAGUGGCUAUUCUAACCUCAUGGACAGACUUAACAUUUUACACUUAAUGACUCCUGCAGCUCAAUAUUUCAUACAUUUUGCAACCAUUUACAGAUCCUCUUGAUUAUUCUUUAUAAGAAAAUGAGAAAAACAAAAAAAAAUCCCCACUUAAUUCACCUCAGGUGACAAAGUAGUUUUUUAAGACCUGAUUGCACAACAUGAGCAUACAUACACUUACAAAUCAACUGUGUUGGAUUGUGUCCCCCUUCUCCUUUCUCAGGGAUGGAUAUUUAUAUUACACAAUAAUUACAAUGAAGACACACCCUAACCGCAGCCUUAUUUUGUAAAUAUAUUUGCACUCAGAAGCUUUUUGUUAGGUUCUUUCACACACUGGGGAAAAAUAACAAACAAACAAACAAACAAUACAAAACCCACACCAGUACUGGAAUGUCCUACCAGACUCUUCCAUUUCUUGUUUUCCCGAUUACAUACAUUGGGGAGUGUCCAAACUGGAGUCCUGUCUUUCUUCAGGCUGGCCUAUACUUCUGAUAGCAAGCCAUCUUUUCACUUCAUGCUGAAGAUGCUCCAAACCCAACUUCCUAUUGCAAAAAUCUCUGUGAGGUUGAUAAACUUGUUUGUUUGUUCCAUGCUAGAUAAAAUUCUGAGAAAAAAUAUUAAAUUAGAUGCCUUAAGUAAAUAACCUAAAUCACAAGGAAGCAUUUUACACUGGGCAACUUCUGAUUGCAAGGUGGCAUGGAAUCUCAGAGGCACUCUGUUGUCACUCUCUCCAAGUUGUAAGCUCUCUGCACUGCCUGUUCAGUAUGGGACCAACAGAAUAUUCAAAGCAGGCAGAAAUCAAACCACACUGACUUCUUGAUUCUUUUUGUUUUUAAUGAACUGUGGAACUAGCAUAACUGAACCUAUGCUCACCAAAACUUUCAUCGAGGUACUUACCUACUGU